AUGGGCAAGAAAAAAGGAUACAGCUAUUCCAGAAAUUUGAAGAAACGAAGGCAGAAAGAAAAAGCAAGGAUAAAGAUUAAAAACCCCAUAAUUGAUUCCGCUUGGAAACAUGGCCAAUCCAUGAAGGCUAAUUUCACUCGUUUGGGUAUUGCAUACGACCCAAAUGAAGUGCUUAAAAUCUCUAGCAGGGCUUUUUUCAAAGGGGAGCUCACCAAGAUCCCUCGAAUCCAUAAGCAAACCACAGUGGUUGAAGCUUUGGAGGAGGCAGCUAAGCGCAGUAAAAAGAAACCAAUGUACUUUUCUGAUGAUGACGGGCUCUUUUGUGUAUACAACAUUGAAACACAUGGGGAUAAUUAUGUGGAAAUGGCCAAGGAUUCCAAGAACGCCUAUCAACUAACACCCAAGCAAUUGAAACGACUGAUUGAAAAGUUUAAGAAGACUCCUUUUUACACGCAAUACACGGAACAAAAGAGAUCGGGAACAUUCGACUUGACAGCUUUGUACAAUACACCUAUAGCCUGA